AUGUUCGACUUCGGUUCUCUUGUUGUUGUCGCUAUCGCGGCUGUCUCUGCCAUUGCCACUCCUACUGGCGAGAACGUACGCCGUCAGGCCAUCGGUCAGCCCAUCACGGGCGGAGAGGCGACAUUCUACUUCCAGGGUGGCGUCGCCGGAGCGUGCGGUCAAGUGAACCCCGACAGUGCACUCAUCGUUGCCGAACAGGCACAACGCUUCAAGCAGUCUGACUGUGGCCGCCGCGUGCAGGUCACCAACACGCAGAACGGGCGCACCGUCGUCGCCACCGUCGCAGACGAGUGCCCGGGAUGCCAGGGUAACGCCAACUCACUCGAUUUGUCUCAAGGCGCGUUCGACCAGAUCGCCGACGAGUCGCAGGGCAUCGUUCCGAUCACCUGGGAAUAUCUCUCUUAA